AUGGAUGCGCGCCCAAGGCAGAGUGGCCGGCUAUGGGAGGAGGCUAUCGAGUCUCUCAAGGACGCCCUGGAGCGCCCCCUGCUUCGCCCGCUGAAGAGCAGAGGCCUCGCCAACACGGAGCACGAGUCCAUUGACCACGUGCCUCUCGAAGAGCUACCGCCUGGCCUGGACUGGGCCCGUCUCACCCAGGUCGCCGGCAUGGAUCUGGCCGACGACCAGAGACUGUUUCACAGGAUGCACUCGCGCGCCUACGACGACCCCCAUGGCGCCUGGGACGAGCUACGUUGGGACUCCAGGUUUCCAGGCAUGCAGCAGCUGCAGUGGCCCGCCAACACAGGCCAUCGGGUGAAGCCCUACAAUCUUCCCCCUCAGUCGCUGUGGGCGCCCGACAUGGUGCGACUGGCUGCGAUGCGGAGACGCCACACCUGGAAGAAGCUCACCAUGCAGGAGCUGUGCACGGCAGCCCUCAUACACUCACUGCUACGGCGUGUAGUUGUCCCAUGGCAGCCACGAACAGGACUAUCCCCACAGAUCGAGAGAGUCGCUCGUUUCGAUGACGCUCAGGCCCAGAGCGCGCGCAAAGAGAUACUGGCCAACAUUGUACGACUGCACCUAGUCCCCGUUGACGCUGCCGUCGACGAAGACCUCAAGGCGCACAUCUAUCCAGAUCAACCUGCGGUUCCGCGAUACCACCAAGACCCCGACGGCGAUUUCUACCACGUCACGCAACGGCUGAACAGUGGUCUGAAACAUCUCUUGCAUCACGAAUCGAGAGACAGGAAAGCAGACAUAGAAGCUGCCAGCGCUCUCGCCAAGAUUUGUCACAACCUUUACGUGUCCUCGGCCCCACCAGAUGUGCAGACUUUCAAUAUACUCAUGGCUGGCUUCAAACGAUGGCGCCGCCCUGAAAUGGUCGACGAUACUAUCCUCGCCUUCCACGCUUCCAAGAUUCGCCCCAACGAGAUAACGAUACGGUACAUCCUGGGCCACUACAUAUCGGAGGGACGCCCGGACGGAUUUUCCCGCUUUGUCACCUGGAUGCGUGGCGUUGGCGAUUCACUGAUGCUCGCUGAUCCUGAAAUCACUAUCAACGAUGCGAGUCAGGGCCGUUUGAUCCGCGUGAACGAGAAUAAAGUCUAUCAGAAGGUGCACCCUACCCCUAUGGUAUUUGGUGCCUUGAUUGGUGGUGUGAUGAAGUUUGGUGGCUUCGAUCGCGCCCUAGACGUCUACUACGAGAUGAAGGCAGACGGUUGGGGCCUUGACAUGGCCGGUCUUACACGACUGCUAGGCGACUGUAUCCGCCGAGCCGAUUGGCAAGGCGGUGUCUAUGUGUGGGACGAAAUCAAUAGCAUCAAGCACAUGGCUAUGCCGAAAGACAUGGCCAAAGCUUACGAGUUCAUGCUUAGCUUGUGUUCUGUGACGGGCAACACAAGCGCUUUCAACCAGGUCUUGAAGGAAGUUGCGAACAAAGGAUUCGAUCCAAAGAACAUCAUCAGCGGCGCGCUGAGAACAACACGCUGGGCGCAAGCUAAGAAGUCGAAUCUGGCGCCGGCUUGGGCUGCAGACAAUCUGCUCAUCGCCGUCUCCAGCUUGGUCAAGGACCUGAAAGAAACAGGACCUGGCGCCACCCCAGAGUUCAGUAUCGACGACCUGAUGUAUGGACAGCCGAUCACAAGGGGGGAUAGCGAUAUGCUGGUUGACAAUCUGAGCGAUUGGGAUGACAGUAUCCCUAUGGAAGUUUUGGGGCAGCGUCCAACCGAACUCACCGAGACGUGGGCUUCGUGGGUUGAAGCCGAGUUUGGAGAAAGGCCCAAUGAUCCGGAUGCCAAUGAUUGGUUGGCAGCAACUACGAGUAAGCCGGGUGAAAAGGAGCCAGCCCCUACGGCCUCAAAAGAAGUUUGGGAAUCAUGGCUUGAGGCCGAAUUUGGGAAGAAACCCAAAAAUCCAGAGCCUUGA